GUGGCGGAGAAGCAUGGCGGGCGCGCGGAACGCGGGGAGCGAGGCGGCGGCGGGAGCGCGGUCGGGGAAGCGGCCUCCGGAGCCAGAGCCGGAGGAGCCCUCUCUCCUUGCCCCUGCUCCCAGCCUUGGGGAUGGCAGCGAUUCUGGCCUCUCCGACAGUGACAGCGAGGAGAGUGUGUUCUCAGGCCUGGAAGAUUCCGGCAGUGACAGCAGUGAGGACUCCGCUGAGGGAGAGGAUGGGCCCAGCAGUGGUGAGGGCCACGGCGUGGCAGAGAAGACCACUGGGCAGCAGGUGCAGACUGCUGGGACCCCUUCCCCAAAGACGGAGGCGGCAAGAGCACAGAGCGACGAUGAGUACAUGCAGGACAGUUCUGACGAGGAGGAUGUGCGGAACACGGUGGGCAAUGUGCCCCUGGAGUGGUAUGAUGACUUCCCCCAUGUGGGCUACGACCUGGAUGGCAGGCGCAUCUAUAAGCCCGUGCGCACCCGGGAUGAGCUGGACCAGUUCCUGGACAGAAUGGACGACCCCGAAUACUGGCGCACAGUGCAGGACCGGAUGACGGGGCAUGACAUUCGGCUGACUGACGAGCAGGUGGCCUUGGUGCAGCGGCUGCAGAGGGGCCAGUUUGGGGACGUGAGCUUUGACCCAUAUGAGCCAGCUGUGGACUUCUUCAGCGGGGAUCUCAUGAUCCACCCGGUGACCAACCGCCCGGCCGACAAGCGCAGCUUCAUCCCAUCCCUGGUGGAGAAGGAGAAGGUGUCUCGGAUGGUGCACGCCAUCAAGAUGGGCUGGCUCCAGCCUCGCCGGCCCCGGGACCCCACCCCCAGCUUCUACGACCUGUGGGCGCAGGAGGACCCCAACGCUGUGCUGGGACGUCACAGGAUGCACGUGCCGGCUCCCAAGCUGGCCCUGCCUGGUCACUCCGAGUCCUACAACCCACCCCCUGAGUACCUGCUGAGCGAGGAGGAGCGCCUGGCAUGGGAGCAGCAGGAGCCCGGUGAGAGGAAGCUUAACUUCCUGCCACGCAGAUUCCCAAGCCUGCGGGCGGUGCCUGCCUACAGCCGCUUCAUCCAGGAGCGCUUUGAGCGCUGCCUGGACCUCUACCUGUGCCCACGGCAGCGCAAGAUGCGGGUGAAUGUGGACCCUGAAGACCUCAUCCCCAAACUGCCUCGGCCACGGGACCUGCAGCCUUUCCCCACUUGCCAGGCCCUGGUCUACAGGGGCCACGGCGACCUCGUCCGCUGCCUUAGCAUCUCCCCAGGGGGCCAGUGGCUGGCUUCAGGCUCAGACGAUGGCUCCGUGCGGCUCUGGGAGGUGGCCACUGCCCGCUGCAUGAAGACUGUGCCCGUGGGGGGCGUGGUGAAGAGUGUUGCCUGGAACCCCCACCCCACCAUGUGCCUGGUGGCUGUGGCCGUGGAGGACACAGUGCUGCUGCUGAACCCGGCCCUGGGGGACCGACUGGCAGUGGGCAGCACGGACCAGCUGCUGGACGCCUUCACCCCACCGGAGGAGCCUAGCCUACAGCCUGCCCGCUGGUUGGAAGCCUCAGAGGAGGAGCGCCAGGCCGGACUGCGGCUGCGCAUCUACCAUGACAAGCCAGUGACGCAGGUGACCUGGCAUGGGCGCGGGGACUACAUGGCCGUUGUGCUGGCCACCCAGGGCCACAGUCAGGUGCUGAUCCACCAGCUGAGCCGGCGCCGCAGCCAGAGCCCCUUCCGCCGCAGCCACGGGCAGGUGCAGUGCGUGGCCUUCCACCCUGCCCGGCCCUUCCUGUUCGUGGCCUCCCAGCGCAGCGUGCGUCUGUACCACCUGCUGCGCCAGGAGCUCACCAAGAAGCUGCUGCCCAACUGCAAGUGGGUGUCCAGCCUGGCUGUGCACCCUGCAGGUGACAACCUCAUCUGUGGCAGCUACGACAGUAAGCUGGUGUGGUUCGACCUGGACCUUUCCACCAAGCCCUACAGAGUGCUGAGGCACCACAAGAAGGCACUGCGGGCUGUGGCCUUCCACCCCCGCUACCCACUCUUCGCAUCUGGCUCGGAUGACGGCAGUGUCAUCGUCUGCCACGGGAUGGUGUACAACGAUCUGCUGCAGAACCCGCUGCUGGUGCCCGUGAAGGUGCUGAGGGGACACACGCUGACCCGCGACUUGGGCGUCCUGGAUGUCGCCUUCCACCCCACCCAGCCGUGGGUCUUCUCCUCGGGGGCCGACGGCACCGUCCGCCUCUUCACCUAGGCCCUGGGCCUGCUCUGGGACCGGGAGCAUGCACAGGACCCUCAAUAGAGGUCUUUUUUCCCAGA